GUCAUUUAUCGUAACGUGGAAAAGUACGAAUUAAAUUCAAGUAUGGCAAGUCUCGAUGUUUUCAAAGUGUGUUCUCAGGACUUAGAGGCGCAUAGAAGUCUCGGCUAUUCGCUUGUUUAAUUGUCAAAAUCACAGAUAAUCUCGUGACAGAUACGAUACGCACCGCGACCCAGAUUCUAGGUCUUUUCGCGCGUCGAGAUGUGGUGCAGGCGUCAAGCUGCGGCGGCCAUUUUGCCGUUGCUGUUAGCUGGUUGGUUGACGGGCGAAUCAUCGGAAGCGUUGACUACAUUUGGAAAAAGCAAUACGCAACCACCGAAAGAAGUCGCACCGACGGCUCCGCCAGCUCGACAGUGCAACCGCCAAGCGGAAUGCGCUGGAAUCAGCAGCUCUUCGUGCGUCAGGACGCAUUACGAUCCGGUCACAAGAUGUCUGUGUGGAGACAACCUGCCUCCAGUGAAUGGCCAGUGUGAAGCGGUUACGAAAGUGCUUUACCACGUGUGCGCGAACAGUGACGAAUGCAAUGACGGCCUCAUUUGCGGAACGCCCAACAUCACCGGAUCUGCGCCAGCUCAUCUUCGCGUCCACUCGCCACAGGAUAAGAUAUGUCUGUGCGACACCGAGAGCGGCUACAGGGAAAAGGAACACACGUGUAGUGAUGCGGACAUCCUUAAAACUUCAAUAAUCGCCGUGAUCUUCGUAACCUGCUUAAGGAAAAUGCUCGUCAACUAACUCAGGAGAAUUUCGCACGAUUUAUAUUUAUUAUUGUAGGCCUUUAUGGGAUUGAACACAUAUGCACAACAAUAUUAAAACGACUAUGAAAUCAUCUAUCUUUAAAGUAAUCUUUAAAGUAAAUCUUUAAAGUAAGUGAUUUAAUUCUCUUUGUUAAAGUAAUCUCUUAUGUGUACAUGUAACUUUAGCUUAAUAGCUAAGUAGCGCAAGUGUGGUCAAUCCUUUAUGCUUCUGAUAUAAUUAUUUUAAUAGCAUUCAAUGAUAAAUAGUGAUUACUAUUUUGUUUUCUACUUAAAAAAUCUUUUUUUUUUAUUGCUCCACAAAGUAGUAAAGAAAACUUGGUAAAAUUUACCAAGAGGUCAUACAAAUUACUCAAAAGAAAAAAUAAAGAAAUUGAUAGCCGUUUAUCA